AUGUUACUUGAUAAAUAUUCGAUCUGGAUUUUUGUUCAAUUAGGUUCAUCUACUUUAGUCAAAUUUGAUGCACAGAAAUUUUCGGAAUUACUUAUUCUAUGUAGAGCUGUAUCAAUAGUUCCUGUUACAAAUAUUUCGAGAAUGAAUUCGAAUGUGUUGAAUAUUCAAUUCUGGAUUGUUUCCCUUAUUUGUUGCAUAAUGAGAACCCAUAUCUUGAUGCAGGUUAUUCUUUUAUUCUUGGAAGAUCGUCGAUUGAUGAAAAUUCAUUUUUCAUGUUCUGACCUUGAUCAUGUUUGUUGGAUCUUGUUUUCUUUGAUCUGGUUUAUAUAUUCUUGUCUAUUCAUUACUAUUGCUUUAUCUCCUUUAUCUACAGGUCCUUUUCAUCAUUUCAUGAAUGUAUUGAUUUCAGAAAUACCUCUUCCUUCCAUUAUUGAUGUUGUUUAA